CUUUCAAUCUCCUUUCAUGGGAGUUUCGACCUUAGCUCCCUUCAUCUUCCGAAGAAUCUUCCAAGUAUUGAUGAAUGAAAUUCAGGUAUUGCCUCCAAAUCCGAUUCUAUAAAAGGAUGAUCAUAUUCAUUGAGGAUCAAAGAACAUUCAAAAGCUACUCUCAAUUCUUAUUCUUGCUGUACAUAACUUAGCGUAUAUAACAGAUUCAAGUGCCGAUAAAAUGCAUUUCCCCACAGCUGCAAUUGGCCUAUUUGCGAGGCUAAGCAAAUACUCUUGUUUAUCAAUUUAUGGAAAACGUAAUAGAGAUAAUGCAAUUGUUGAUGAGCAUUCGGAAUCAAUUGGUAUCUGUUCGCGACCUCAAAUAAAACGUAGAAAUAUGGAGACAUCCUUAAUUGUAAACUCCAAGUAUGAAAGACAGAUAAUUGAUUGGUUAAGGAAUGAUGAGAUAACCAGCAUUUGUAUUUGUGGAAUGGGAGGAAUCGGGAAGACCAAAAUCGCUAAGCAAGUUGAAAGUCGACUUCAGAGUUGUGACAUUUUUAGUGAUGAUAUUCAUGAUAUUGCUUGGGUCUCUGUUGGGAUGGAUUGCUCUGUAUACCAAUUACAGCAAAAAAUAGCUGCUGCGUUCAGGAUUGAUCUUGAUGGUGAUGUGGAUGAGAUUAGAAGAUCAGCCAUGAUACAUGCUUUUCUGUCUCGCAGGAACAAGUGUGUACUUUUUCUAGAUGAUUUGUGGGAAGAUUUCCGUCUAGAAGAUGUUGGCAUUCCCAAGCAAUGCAAGCGGAUUUUGAUAUCUCGGUCACUAGAUGUUUGUCGUAUCCUUCGUUGCCAGAAAGUCGUUAGGAUCAAGCCACUCUCAGAAGAAGAGGGUUGGGAGCUUUUUCGACGCAACAUAGAAUAUGGCAAUUCAGAUUGCAAAGAAUUGUCCUCUGUUAGGAAGUUUGUGUACGAUUGGUGUGCUGGGCUGCCUCUUGCUAUCACUGUGUUAGCCAAGAGCAUGAGUGGUAAAGUUAAUUCAUCUACAUGGACAGAAGUCCUUACGAGUAAAAGCCCGUUUUCAAUCGAACUAUCACCCGAGUUUCAAGAUGUGAUCAGCCAAUUGAAGUUUUCGUAUGAUAGAUUAAACAACACGAAACUGCAACUAUGUUUCUUAUUUGCUGCAUUGUACCCCAGAGGUUGUACGAUCAGUAAAGAAGAGUUGAUAGAAUUUUGGAUAACAGAAAGGCUCAUAGAUCAGGUUGAAUCGUCGCAGGUGCAGUAUGACAUGGGGUAUUGCAUAGUGAACAAGCUAAUCAACUCUUGUUUGCUGGAACCUUGUCAAGAUGAAAGAAUGGUGAAGGUUCAUGAUCUUGUUAGGAGUAUGGCUGCUUCCCUUGCUGCAGAGUAUAUGAUGAAAGCAGAUUCGUGUUCUAAUAUGAAGUGCUUAGAGAAUCUUCAUGUUUAUGUCAUAAAACGACCUUCAAGUUCACUGAUCCCAUCCAAUUUGUCCCUCAAGAUUAACAAUCUUUCAAACAUGGGUUCUCAAGGGAAUUCCCUUGUAGAAAUUCCAAAAAGAAAUAUUGGCUUUCGUGUUUUAGUUCAUGUCGUAGUAAUAUUAUUAAACAAUGAUAGAUGUUAAUACAACGAUAUAUUCCAUUACCAAAUGCAUUAAUGAUCCAA